AUGACAAUCUCCUAUUUGAAUAUUUUCGCUUAUUUCGUUGCUGAAUUUUCUGAACAAGCUUUCCAAAGUCGUGCUUAUGAGGAUGAAUUACACAUUUUGGUCUCCCAUUUGCAAACAUGUCAAAUGCUCCAUGAGGCUACGUUCGUUUCUACAUUUUUGAAACAAGCGCUUAUAAGUCUCCUUAUUGAAUUUGAAUUUAAGAAGUUUUCAAGAAAUAAUCUGAGUUGA